AUGUCCUACAAAGCUACCUGGACGCGUGUCCCAACGCCCGAAGGAGCGCUUCCCGAACUCACACGUUCCUCCCACUGCAUCCACGCGCAGGACGAUACCGUCUCCAUCUUCGCCGGCGAACUCAAGCCGCGCGAGCCCGUCCCUUCCCCCAUUCAGUACGUCUCCCUCUCCAGCGGCUCGCUCUCCGCCAUCCCCUCAGGCACGGAAGGUGUCGAACCGUCCCCGCGUGUAGGAGCCACCUGGACUCAGCUGGGCGAUGCGCUCUACCUCUUCGGGGGGAGAGGCGGGGUGGACAUGAACCCCCUCGAGCCAGAGCUGUGGAAAUUCGACUUGAGCAAGCAGGUGUGGGAACAGGUGAAAGAUGUGCCAGACGGGAGGAGCUAUCAUGCUGCUGCUUCCACCGGCGGGGACUUGUACAUCCACGCUGGCUGUCCAGCCUCAGGCCGCCUCUCCUCCCUCGAUAUAUUCAAUCCCUGCAGUGGUGCCUGGAGCUCCCUAGGCCCAGCCCCGGGUCCCCCACGGGGUGGGACAGUUCUCGCCCCCAGCGUACUGGACAAUAAGCCCGUGCUACUCCGAUUCGGUGGAUUCGGCGGACCAGAGUUUGGAGAACUCGCCGAUCUCGCGGUAUAUGAUGUCGCCUCCAACAGCUGGAGCAACAUACCCCAAGUAGUGGGAAAACAUUGGCCUCAAGCUCGGAGUGUGCAUGGGUUUCUCGCACUCUCCGGUGAGAGGGAGAAAGCGAUCUUAUUCAUGGGUGAGGGUAAGCCCGCGCCUGCGCAUCUUGGACAUGCGGGCGCGGGCAACUUCCUCAGUGAUGUGUGGGUGUUGACUUACACUGCUGAGGGGUGGGGAUGGGAAGAGGCGAUCGCGCAUGAGAAGCCACAGGGAAGGGGUUGGCUCGCUUUUGACUUGCUUGCGGAGGAUCCUGGGAAGUGGAAGGCCGUGAUCAGUGGCGGCUUGAAUGAGAAAAACGAGAGGAUGGGAGAUUUAUGGGUACUUGAAGUCGUUCGCGAACCGGGCAUUUGA